CCACCGCCACCGCUUCCUCCCCGGCGACCCCCGCCGCCGCCGCCCGCGGCUCUCCUCUCCUCUCCGGCCUCACCACCGCCUCACGCGAGGCUACAAGUGUUGCCACUUUCUUGCUGUAUAAUGCGACCGUAUGUCUGAGUGCACAAUGAUGUCAACAUUACUUGAUGGUCUCCCUAAUGAAGUUGCUCUUCAGUGCCUUGCACGGGUACCAUUUUUGUCACAUCCUGUUCUUCAACUGGUCUGCCACUCUUGGAGAGCAUCUGUUCGCACUGGUGAGCUUUCCAAAAUUAGGAAUCAAAUCAGUGCGACUGAAGAGCUGCUGUGUGUGUUAGCAUUUGAACCUGAAAACAUGUGGCAACUUUAUGACCCUCUUCGAGAUAAGUGGAUAACACUCCCUGUCAUGCCAUCUCAGAUUAGGAAUAUUGCCCGUUUUGGCGUGGCCUCAGUUGCAGGCAAGCUCUUUGUAAUUGGUGGUGGCAGUGAUCGAGUUGACCCACUUACUGGAGACCAUGACAGGAUCUUUGCAAGCAAUGAGGUUUGGUCUUAUGAUCCUCUACAUCGUGUAUGGGCCCAGAGGGCUCCGAUGCUUGUAGCUCGUGCAAUGUUUGCUUGUUGUGCACUGGAUGGGAAAAUAAUUGUUGCUGGGGGCUUCACAAACUGCCGCAAAUCAAUAUCAAAGGCUGAGAUUUAUGACCCUGAAGCUGACACGUGGGAGCCUCUCCCUGACCUACGUCAAGCACACAGCUCUGCAUGCUCUGGACUUGUCAUCAAGGGUAAGAUGCAUGUGUUGCACAAAGGUCUGCCAACAGUACAGAUUCUUGAAGAUGGUGGCAAUAAUUGGGCUGUUGAGGACUACUCUUGGCUGCAAGGUCCAAUGGUAAUGGUUCGCGGGGAGCUUUAUGUGCUGAGCAACAGUUGCAUUAUGAAGCAGCGUGGUGUGAAUUUCCCUGAUAAGAUGGUGUCAUGUGCUUCUGAAUUCCAAAGCAGGAUAGGUUUUGGGAUGAUUGGUUUGGGAGACAACAUAUAUCUGGUUGGCGGAGUGAUCGGACCUGGGCCAAGAAAUCAGUGCAUCAAGCCGCUAUCUGAUGUUGAUAUCUUGAAUAUUACUAGUGAUAGACCAACCUGGCGACCAGGAUCACCAAUGACACAUUGUCGAGGGAGCAUUUUUGGUUGUGCUCUGCUGAGGAUUUAGCCUCAUUUCUGGUAUCUUACUGUUGUUGAAGGGAAAGUCUGCAGAUAGCUUUUAAUAGUUCUGCAUUUCGUUUUAUUUGAAACGGAGUCUGUUAAUUAUUGUUCAAUUUUGAAUUGUCUGUUGUAGUAUUGAGGACAUAUGUUGGCCAUGACUCAAUGCUAGAUUACCCAAUCAAAAGUCAUAUAUCUUGAGGACAUAUGCGCAUUUGGAAUUGUUGUAUCAUCCUUGAAUCUCUUGAUCCUGGAUGUGAAGGUUUUCAUGUAUUACUAAUUUAAAUUUAGAUUAAAAAAGAAAAGGUUAGGAAUAGGAAGUGCCAUUUUUUUUAUGGUUGGUUACUGAAAAUAUCCUAUCCAAAUGAUAUUUACUAUGCCAUUUUCAU